AUGGCCCAAUUAACCUCCCAUCACACUCUUCCUCCCUUCCCAGAAGACCUGAAGACCGCUCCUUUGGUCUCAGUGUCGUUUGCAAAACUAGAAGCGGACGACAACAAAUCAUUCUCAGACUUCUUCCAAGCACGUCAAGAGCUUGGGUUCUUCUACCUCGACUUUGUAGGAUCGAAACUUGGAGAGACGAUCACUUCCGAAGCCGAGGAAUUGAACAAGGUCCAAAAGGAGUUCUUUGCUCUUCCCAACGAGGUCAAGGAUGUUUAUGGUCGACCACAUCUUCAUCCUUUCUACGCGUAUAGGUACACGGAGACUGAAGGCAAAGAUGAGAACGGCGCACCAUUGAGAAACGCAAAUUACAACCUUCGUAAAGAUGAUAUUCUUGGUCAGUGCGAGCGUCUAGCAUGUCACCCUUUGAUCCUCGAGCCUCAGGACCUCUUUGAACGAUACGUCAGACAUUGUCGAGCAGCAGUGGAUGUCCUCCUCGAACAUCUAAACGCCCAUCUUCAACUCCCAGCAGGAACCCUCGCCAACCUCCACCGUAUUCACGAGCGUUCCGGAGAUCACGUCAGAUUUACGCAAAACCACCCUGGCGCUUUCAACGAAGAACGAGCACGCAGUGCUGAGCAUACCGAUUUCGGUUCUUUGACUAUACUGUUCAACUGGCUUGGAGGAUUGCAAGUGCGAUUACCGGUAACAGAAGAAUGGGUUUACGUCAAACCUAUCCCAGGGUCCUGUAUCGUCAAUCUCGGGGAUGCGAUGGUCAAAUUCACUGCUGGUUUACUCCGAUCAAACAUCCACAGAGUCGUUCCCGCGCCUAGUACGCAAGCUCACCUCAUUCGAAACAGUCUGGUAUUUUUCACUCGACCCGAAGACAAAGUUGUUCUCAAACGAUUGAAGGGGGGUAUCAUCGACGCUCAGCCUCAAUCGGAAGUACCUGAACUCGAAAUGACAAGCCACGAGUGGAUAAUGGGCGUUUUUACGUCCAAAGGAUUCGAAGGGAAAGCUCGAAAUCCCGAGCCUCAGGUACCUGUACCAGUCAGUAUACCUGCCUAG